AUGUCCGUUGAUGAACUGAGGGAGCGUCACAUGGCCGCCACGGAGACCGUUAACACGCUCAGGGACAGAUUGAAGCACAACCGUCGGCUUUUUCUGGAUACUGAUGUUUAUAUGUCGAUGCUGGAUUGCAUUGUUGCACUAGCAUCCUGCUUUGAACUUAGCAUUGUCUCAACUUUAAUGACAGUCCUUGAAGAUUGUAACGAAACACUGCAACUAGUGUACGCACUGGAUUGGACCCCAGAAAAGAAUCGAAUCGUAAGCGCAUCUCAAGAUGGCAGAUUAAUUGUGUGGAAUGCUCUCACGAGCCAGAAAACUCAUGCAAUUAAGCUUCCGUGCGCAUGGGUCAUGACAUGUGCCUUCUCACCCUCUGGUCAAUCAGUUGCCUGUGGAGGUCUUGACAGUAUGUGCUCUAUCAUUAACCUGAACUCUCAUAUCGACAAAGAUGGGAAUUUGCCGGUAUCGAAAAUGCUAAGUGGGCAUAAGGGUUAUGUGUCAUCAUGUCAAUAUGUUCCCGAUGAAGAUGCACACUUAAUAACUGCUUCGGGUGACCAUACGUGUGUUUUAUGGGAUGUAGCCACUGGCCUGAGGACAUCUGUAUUUGGUGGAGAUUUCCAGUUGGGGCAUACUGCUGAUGUUCUAAGUGUCUCGAUUAAUAGAUCCAACUCCAGAAUGUUCGUGUCCGGUUCUUGCGACUCAACCGCUUGUCUGUGGGACACUCGUGUUGCGAGUCGAGCGGUUCGUACUUUUCACGGUCACGAGGGAGAUGUUAAUGCCGUAAAGUUUUUUCCGGAUGGGUAUAGGUUCGGUACAGGUUCGGAUGAUGGAACGUGCAAGCUUUUUGACAUUAGAACGGGACACCAGCUACAAGAGUGUAGUCAACCGAGCAAUGAUAAUGAGGUCCGUCAGGUGACUUCAAUUGCUUUUUCCAUCUCUGGCCGGCUCCUCUUUGCUGGGUACACCAAUGGAAAUUGCUAUGUGUGGGACACGUUAUUGGCGCAGGUGGUUUUGGAUUUGGGAUCUCUUCAAAAUUCUCAUGAUAAUCAGAUAAGCUGUCUUGGGCUGUCUGCUGAUGGCAGUGCCUUGUGUACAGGAAGCUGGGAUGCUAACCUGAAGAUUUGGGCAUUUGGUGGGUACAGAAAAGUGAUCUGAGUGGCCGAGACCAAGAUUCGCUGUUAUUCAGGUCGAUUCUAAACCAACUCCAUCAAAAUUGUCCAAUGGUCUUAGUUGUGUAUUGUGUCUCAAUGAUUUGGUGUUUGUAUUUUUCAUUUCAUCUUUGUAAUCUUUAACAGAUAAACUUUGGUAGAUGAAAAUGAAAUUUUUGUGCAAUGAUUUAUGUUCAAUUGUUGAUACUCGCUGCAAACGAAUCGAGCGGCUCGCGAACGCUCGAGCUCGAAUUUGACCGAGCUCGAGCAUGUUAUCGAGUCGAU